AUGGGGAUAGCAGGAACGCUCAAGAACUUCCUCAGCGGCGAGCGCGUCGACGCCCAUUCAACACCACCCAACUUCCUCGAAAUCCGCAGCUCCAAGACCUUCAUCAUCUUCACCAUCGCCGUAGCCGUAUUCACAGAUAUAUUUCUGUAUGGAAUCAUCGUCCCGGUUAUACCAUUCGCCCUCUCGAAUCGAGCUGGAGUCGCAGAAGACAGUGUCCAGAAAUGGGUGUCCGUUCUUUUGGCCGUGUACGGAGGCGCGCUUCUCGUGGGCAGUCCGAUAGCAGGAUUCCUGGCCGAUCGAUCAGCUAGUCGGCGUCUCCCGCUCCUAGUCGGUCUGCUCGCUUUAGGUGGUGCAACAGUGAUGUUAUGCGUUGCGCGCGUGGUGUGGUUGAUAAUCCUAGGACGAAUACUGCAAGGCGCCGCGGCCGCCAUCGUUUGGGUAGUAGGCAUUGCGCUGUUGGUUGACACGGUUGGUGAAGAACGGAUUGGGGAGACAUUGGGAUGGGUUUCAUCGGCCAUGGGGAUUGGAUUCUUCCUCGCACCGUUGCUGGGAGGGAUUGUAUAUGAGAAGGCUGGGUACUACAGUGUUUAUUACAUGGCGUUCGCCUUGAUUGCUGUGGAUAUUGUGCUGAGGUUGGCGCUUAUCGAGAAGAAAAUCGCUGUGCAAUGGGUUGUUGAGACACCCACUCCACUCAGUGGCAGCGGGACAGCAGACCUAACGGAUGAAGAGAAGCAACAAGGCUCGGAAGCCAACGUGGUCACAGAACCCCAACCAACGGCCAACAGACAUAGCCUCAAUAAUGACCCGUCAAGUGGGAAUGCAUCUUCGCAUGGUACCAAAUUCAAAUGGCCGCCGGUCAUAACGCUCCUUGCAUCACGUCGGCUAUUGACUGCUCUAUGGGGAUGUGUAGUACAGGGAUCACUUAUGACAGCCUUCGACAGUGUAUUACCGUUGUUUGUGGAACGAGUUUUCGGGUGGAACUCGGUAGGAGCAGGUCUAAUAUUCCUAGCCCUGACAAUCCCAUCCUUCAUCUCUCCAGCCAUAGGAUACCUCUCUGAUAGUUAUGGACCCCGAUGGCUUGCAUUUUCCGGCUUUAUAUUCGCCAUUCCCUUCUGGAUCCUCCUCCGCCUAGUAACCCACAACACCCUCGGCCAAAAAGUCCUCUUCUCCGCUCUCCUCCUCUUCAUCGGCGUUGGUCUAGCCCUCGUCUUACCCCCGUUAAUGGCCGAGAUAACGUACGUCGUUGAAGCCAAAGAGCGCGAGCAGCCAGGUCGUUUCGGUGCCACCGGUGCUUACGCGCAAGCCUACGGGCUUUUCAUCGCCGCAUUCGCCGCAGGCACUCUAAUCGGUCCUGUUUGGGCGGGUUAUGUGGAGGAUAGCGCGGGAUGGGGAACCAUGACUUGGAGUCUGGCGUUGUUUAGUUUGGUGGGUGCUGUGCCGUGUGUGAUUUGGACGGGUGGGUAUAUUGGGGAUAGGAAUGCGAAGAACGCGGAGGAGAGGGCUGCUGGUGUUCAGGCUCUGGGGGAGAGAGAUGAGGAGAUGGUGGUGGGGAGUGAGAGUCCUAGGGAGGAUUCUGAGAUUCUGCAUUCUGUACAGUCUGUACAGAAGGAAGGUUGA